AGGAACACGAGAUCCUGAUUUUGUCCACGCCACCCAACCAGGGUGCCACGCUGAACAUCAGCGGAGUGAUGGGCUCUCAGAUGUUGGUGGCCUACUUAUAUCGACACCUGGUCUAUUCUAUUUGCUGGUGUGCUCGCAAUUGCUUCAAAGACGGCGUCUCCGAAAUCGACGAAGAGGCCUUCUCCGCCAACGUCGGCGAGUUCUUCCCACGGGGCCCCGACACCGAGGGCUUCACCCCGCAGUACGUGGUGGCUGGGGUAUCCUUUGACUUGAUGGUACGAGGAGAUCGCUUGACGAUGAAAGAUCGCAUCCUAGUGCCCGACAGCAGCAUCUCCUGCGGCGACGUCGCCACCGCCCACGCCCUGGCCUUUCGCAGCCACCUGUGCGGGCGUGGCGACAGCGCCUGCAUCGCGACGCCGGGGAAUGGGCCGCCCACGGGGCUGCAAAACAUGGGCGAAUUGGUGGGAGAGUCAGGCAUUUCCUUCGUGCAAACGGUGUGGUCGCCUGUUCAGAUUGAUACACCAGGCACCUAUCGCAUUUGUUGGUGCGUCGACGACAGUUGGGACCCAGUGAAGUUGGAAAGCUACGGCCUCUGCGGCUCGGGGUUCCAGUUCAACGUGCAAGCAGGACUCGUCGUGGUGCAGGGCAGCGAUGGGGAUCAACGCUUUCAGUGCACCUCCUUUCAGCCCUGUAACUUGAACAUCAUCUCGGAACUUCCUUUCGAAAGCGGCGAUCGCAUCAUGGUAGUCGCACCUCCGCCCACCUCCACCAACUCGCUGGCAACGGUCUGUGGCCGUGGCACCACAGGGCUACAGGUCGAAGUGGGUGCGUUCCACAGCAUCUACGACACCACGACCACCAGUCCUCCAUUGUUCACCAGUACAUUAGGUGUGAAUGAAACUACCACCACCGUUGUCGCGCAACCAUCGCAUUAUGUGGGUGAAUUCCUACUGGAGUCAGCCGGGCAAGCUGGCUUGUACCGCCUUUGCUACUGCAAAAACGCCGAGCUCGGGCCCUGCGACGAUCCUGUGGCCUUCGCGCAAUUCGCGGGGAUUUUGAACAUCUCCGGAAAGGUGGAAUAUGAGCCAAGUCGGGGCAUUCACCAGCAGUGCUUGGUCUCCCAGCGUUGCCAUUUCAACAUCACAGGGGUUUGGGCCAUGCAACUCAGUUUCCUUGACUCCUUCCGCGCCGUUCCCACAGACAUCGCCUGUGAUGACGAAGCAGAUUCCUCAUCCUAUCCAUAUUUCACGCUCCAACGACGGUUAGAACUGUCUGAUACCUGGCGCAGCGAAUUCAGCCACAAGGCUGGGGCAGAAAGUCUCUACUUCACGGGCGAUUACAAGUUGUGUUACUGUCAAGCAUCUUUGACACCCAGCAGGGAGUGCACACCUGAGCAACACACGCAGGAAAUGGGAACGCUGUAUCUGGUGGGAGCCAAGUCGAGGAUGGAAUGGACCUGUCGCCAGGGCGCUCCAUGCGAAUUGGUGGUCCAUGGCUGGCGCGUGGCUUUGGGAGAUGCGAUACGCCUGGUAUAUACCGGUUUCAAUUGCGGAGACAUCGAUUAUGGCGAUGCAUUUUUGGGCACAGGCUUUGAUGCAAACCCUUCAGUGGCAAACCAAAGCAGCAACCUUUCAGAUGGUGUUCUGCUUCACUUCGAUCUGGGUCGUGCACGUGGCUCGGGCCGCUGGAAGGUGUGCUUGUGUGUGGCUUCCACAGCGCGCAGCGGCAACGGCUGUUCCCAAUCCUCCGACUAUGGACAAAAGGUGGGUGAGCUGCUGAUUGAAGGUCUCCUGCGUUCUGUGACGCCGUCCUCGCAACCCUCGACCUUAGCCAUGGCGAGUGUCCUAGUCGAUGUGAUCGAACCUGGCAAUGCCUGGGGCGUGGCCUGUGCUGCAUCCAAUCAAUCCUUCGAGCAGGCCCCCAGUAGCCAAUCGCUCCUCACGUGUCAUCAGAGCAUGCCAGGAUGCUUGGGAAUCACGCGACUUCCCUGGCGUGCUGAGCAGGGCUACAACAUUUUGCAUGUGCCAUUGACUGUUGCAUCGGGAAUCGAGUUGCAAGAAGCUCACGUUUGGUGCACGGGGGACUUAAAUCUCUGUCCCACGGGCCGGUGUGUGCUGCCGCCCACGGGCACUGGGUUAACCAUGGCCCUCCGUGUGGGCCCUGACCCCUGGACUGAGUACCAUGCAGCAAUAGGGGAGCCUUUGGAGCUGCAGGUCAAUGGAAAUCCCUUGAACACCGAGGGCGGUUGGUUGAAGAUCGUUUGGCCUUCCGAUGGCUGUCCCGAGGUGACACCAGCGCAGUUCAUGUGA